AUUUUCUUAUACUUUAUUAAACAUUUCAUUUAUACCUUAAUAUUAAUAAUUUUGUUUUUGUGAUUAAUUUUUUAAAAUAAUUAACAAUAUGUCAAUUAUUACAAACAUUAUUAGCUCUUUUAUUACACUAAACAUAAAGUCAACAUUAAUAACAUUACUUUUGGGUUUCAUAGUGUAUAAAAUUGUUAAGUUUUAUUUACGUGUAUUUCAAYUACCACCUGGGCCAUUGCCCAUACCUAUUUUAGGCAAUAUACUUGCAUUGCGCGGCACUAAAGAUCAUUUUGCAUACGAGUUGCGAAAAUAUCGUAAAAAAUACGGCGAUGUGUUUACCUUUUGGUUGGGACCAAACCCUUUCAUAUUCAUAGCAGACAUAGACGUCGCCAGAGAGACGUUCCGUAAAAACGAGUUUAUUGAUCGCCCCAAUCGUUUAUCGCCCAAAACCUUUCAAACAAACUGGUCUCAGAUGUUGUGUUUGAUAAUUAUGGUCAUCGAUGGGAUGCAUUGAGACGUGUGUCACACGCGGCUGUUUUGAAUUAUGCAAAAACAGAUAAGUUGGCAUAUUUGGCCAGCGAUUGUGUUGACACAACGUUUAAAAUUAUAAUGAAAAAAGWAGGAMUCGAUCAGCCAUUUGAUCCCUAUCCAUACAUUUAUCACAUGAUUAACAACAUAUUGGCUACCAGUGCUUUUGGCCGGGGAUACGAUAUCGAUGAUAAAGAAUAUUUAAAACUAAAAUAUGCGCUCAAAGAUAUAGGCGAUGAGAUUGGUGUUAGGGGUAUGUUAUGGGAGUUCUCACCGUUGAUCAGGUAUUUGGAUAGUCGUAAAGUCAACUAUGCUAUGAAUUUGCAAAAKGAAACUAUGUUUAUGAUAAGAGACAAAUUUAAAAGCCAUUACGAAAGCUACGACAUUAGUAUUUGCCGUGAUUUUUGCGAUGCACUAAUAACUGCCAAAAACGAGUCGCUCCGGGAGGCAAAAGAGUCGACACCGUAUUUGACAGAUGAAAAUCUAGGAAUGGCUGUAUGGGAUCUAUUUAUGGCCGGCACUGAUACCUCCCAGAGCACCUUUAGAUGGUUACUAUUAUUUUUAUCSCACUAUUCGGAGGUACAGAAAAAGUUGCGUCAAGAGAUCGGUGCCGAAAUCGGUGACCGUAUGGCCACAUAUGAAGACAAACAACGCUGUCAUUAUACAAUGGCUUUCAUAUCGGAGACAUUACGCUACAGAAACUCAGUGCCAAACGGCCUUUUUCACGCAACAGUAGUUCCCACAAAAUUUGGUAAAUAUGAUUUACCAAAAAGUAUGGGUUUGUUUGUCAGUCAAUGGGAAAUAAUGAAUAGUGAAAAAUAUUGGGAAAAUGCCGAUCGAUUCCUACCKGAGCGAUUUCUYAACAGUGAUGGCAGUUAUAUUACUACCCGACCCAGAGCUUACAUACCUUUCGGUGUCGGACGUCGUGUAUGUUUGGGCGAGAAGUUAGCCAUCGCUGACCUGUUCUUUGUUUUGGUCAGAUUUUUGCAAUUAACCGAAAACUAUGAUAUAGUGUUAAGUGAUUACAAAAACCUAGAUCCAAGUCCUAACGAUCCCAUGGCUUUUGAACCCAAUAAAUAUAAAAUAGCUUUUAAAAUUAAAAACAAUAAUUAAAUAUCAAUUACUUAUCAAUUAACAC